CUCAAUGCUCCAGAGGGGGAAACUCUCCAGGAAGACUCCAGUGAUUCAGAAGUAGAAAAUGAAGCAAAAGGUAAUUUACUGACCAAAAAGCCAGCCUGGGUGGAUGAAGAUGAUGAAGCAGAGGAAAAUGUUGAUAUGACCCAUAGAUAUAGGAAAGACUUCAUGAAAAGUGAUGCUGAGACGACACUUACUAAGAAAAAGCUAAAAAGAAGGCUUGAAGAACAGUUUCAGCGAGCUAUGGGAGGAGUUCCUGCCUGGGCUGACUUGGAAAACAGGAAGAAAUCGAAAAAGACUACAAGUGAUAGUGAGAGUGAUGAAGAUGAUGAUCUGCUACGCAGGACUGGCAAUUUUGUAUCUAAUUCAGAGUCCCUGCCAAGAGGUAUUUUGAAGAUGGGGAUCUGCUUGCCUGCUAAUCAGGAACGUUUUGCUAAUGGAAGACUGGCAACUGUGCAGUUUCAUCCAUCUGCUCAAGUAGUCAUGACUGCUGGACACGAUCGAUCCCUGUCACUCUUUCAGGUUGAUGGUAUAAAGAAUCCAAAAAUACAGAGCAUCUACUUAGAGAGUUUUCCAAUUUAUAAGGCUUGCUUCAGUGUUGAUGGGGAACAUGUUAUAGCCACUGGUACUCACCACAGAAUGUUCUUUGUGUAUGACAUGAUGAGUGGAAAUAUCAUUCCUAUACAGAAAGUAAGAGGUGUGGAUGAAAGAUUCCUCAGAAGUUUCGAACUCUCUCCAGAUGGAUCAUUUAUGCUUGUAACUGGAACUUCAGGUUACCUUCACCUGUUGUCAAUGAAGACAAAGGAACUGAUUAGCACUAUGAAGGUAAAUGGAAGAUGCACUGCAUCAGCUUUCACUCCAGACAGCAGUAAAAUAUAUAGCUAUUCAAAGGAAGGCGAAGUUUUCAUUUGGGAUGUGAGAAGCAGAAAGUGUCUACACAAAUUUGAAGAUGAAGGUUCUUUGGAAGGGAAGUGCAUCGCUGUUUCAAAAAAUAACCAGUAUGUGGCAUGUGGUUCAGCUUCUGGAGUUGUAAAUUUAUAUACUACGGAUGGCUGUCUCAAAGAACACCGUCCUAAACCAGUCAAAGCCAUAAUGAACCUCGUUACAUCUGCUACGUGUGUGACCUUCAAUCCCACCACGGAAAUCCUGGCAGUGGCUUCCCGUGAAACUGAUGAGGCUGUCAAGCUGGUACACAUUCCUUCAUACACUGUAUUUUCAAACUUCCCAGUGUUCAGAAGAAAACAGAUUUAUCUUGCUCAAUCUAUGGACUUUUCUCCCAGAAGUGGGUUUUUCUCUAUAGCAAAUAACAAAGGCAAAGCUUUGUUAUUUAGGCUGAAACAUUAUUCAGAUUUUUAAAAGAAGAUACAGGAGAAGAUGGACCAGUAACUGAGGUGUUGUAACCUGCAGAUACAAGUAUGCUGGCAAAAUCAAACAAGUUCUUUUUUAUUUUAUAUGGAAGCUAAAAAAAGUACUAAUAUAACAUCUGUGAGUUUUUCAGUGUGUUUUUCUUAAUAAAUGUACCUGAU